CAAGGCUCGCGCUGAAAAGGUGGGCUCCCGGCGCGGGCGCAUGCGCGCUGUGGGCGCUGGAGCGGGACAGCUGGCGCCGGCAGCAACCCAGGGACCUGAGGCGGCGGCCGCGGCGGCCCAGAGCAAGCUGCGCUGCAGGGAACCGCCUCCCCGGAACAGAAGGAGCCUUGGCUGCCGACGGACCCUUCCUCACUUUUGGAAAUGGCGGGUGAAAUCACAGAGACCGGGGAGCUCUAUUCUCCCUACGUCGGACUGGUGUACAUGUUUAACCUCAUCGUGGGCACCGGUGCACUCACCAUGCCCAAGGCCUUUGCCACCGCCGGGUGGCUUGUCAGCCUGGUCCUGCUGGUGUUCCUGGGCUUCAUGAGCUUUGUGACUACCACGUUUGUGGUGGAGGCCAUGGCAGCAGCCAAUGCUCAGCUCCACUGGAAGAGGAUGGAAAACCACCAGGAGGAGGAAGACGACGACUCCUCCACAGCCUCCGACAGUGAUGUUCUUGUCCAGGACAACUACGAGCGGGCGGAGAAACGGCCAAUCCUGUCUGUGCAGAGACGUGGAUCUCCGAACCUUUUUGAGAUCACAGACCGGGUGGAAAUGGGACAGAUGGCCUCCAUGUUCUUCAAUAAAGUGGGGGUCAACCUGUUCUAUUUCUGCAUCAUCAUUUACCUGUAUGGGGACCUGGCCAUCUAUGCUGCCGCCGUGCCCUUCUCCCUCAUGCAAGUGACCUGCAGCGCCAUGGGCAACGACUCCUGCGGCGUGGAGGCCGACACCAAGUACAACGACACGGACCGGUGCUGGGGGCCGCUGCGCCGAGUGGACGCCUACCGCAUCUACCUGGCUGUCUUCACUCUCCUCCUCGGACCCUUCACCUUCUUUGAUGUCCAGAAGACCAAGUACCUGCAGAUCCUAACCUCGCUGAUGAGAUGGAUCGCUUUCGCCAUCAUGAUUGUGCUGGCCCUGGUCCGCAUCGGGCACGGGCGUGGGGAGGGGCACCCGCCCCUGGCCGACUUCUCCGGCGUCCGGAACCUGUUCGGGGUGUGCGUCUACUCCUUCAUGUGCCAGCACUCCCUGCCGUCCCUCGUCACCCCCGUCUCCUCCAAGCGCCACCUCACGCGCCUGGUCUUCCUGGACUACGUGCUGAUCCUGGCCUUCUACGGCCUCCUCUCCUUCACCGCCAUCUUCUGCUUCCGAGGAGACAGCCUCCUGGACAUGUACACCCUCAACUUUGCGCGCUGCGACAUCGUGGGCCUGGCCGCUGUGCGCUUCUUCCUGGGCCUCUUCCCCGUCUUCACCAUCAGCACCAACUUCCCCAUCAUCGCCGUGACCCUCCGCAACAACUGGAAGACGCUCUUCCACCGCGAGGGUGGCACGUACCCCUGGGUGGUGGACCGUGUGGUGUUCCCCACCAUCACCUUGCUGCCCCCUGUGCUGGUGGCCUUCUGCACGCACGACCUGGAGUCGCUGGUGGGCAUCACCGGGGCCUAUGCGGGCACAGGCAUCCAGUACGUCAUCCCCGCCUUCCUGGUGUACCUCUGCCGCAGGGACACACAGCUGGCCUUUGGCUUCGGGACCAUCAACAAGCACAGGUCCCCUUUCCGCCACACCUUCUGGGUGGGCUUUGUGCUGCUCUGGGCUUUCUCCUGCUUCUUAUUUGUCACCGCCAACAUCGUCCUCAGCGAGACCAAGCUCUGAUGGCAGGACAUGUCUGGUGACAAGAGAGGUGGGGGUCCCACUCCGUCCUCCCUGCCGGCAAAGCCAAGAGCUAGUUGCCUCCCAGGUCUCCCUGGGGCAGGCAAGGCCCAGGUUCUUGGAAGGGACCCUCCACUCCCCCAGCUGGGGCUCUUCUCCCCACCCAGGACUCCACACAGUCUGCACCUUGCCUCACUCGCCGGGGUCACCCUCCUCCGGGUCCUCCUACGUGGGGCUGCCCCCCUGGCCAGCCGAGUCCCACAACCCAGGCACGCGGCUGCUCCCAGAUUAUUGCUCGGACUGGUUACUGGAAUGGAUUCCUCUGCUUUCACACCCGCCCACCACCCCAGGCGGGCUCCUCCCCCUGCACAGUGGAGACGCAGUGCUGGCACUGCCACUAUUUAUACCAGACACAUGUUCCCCCACCGCCACCGCCCCCUCCCAGUUCCUCCCGCAUCCUUGUCUGGGAAAUCUACUACAUUAGGGCAACCCCAGCCCUCGCCCUCCUCCCACCAGGACUGCUAGUGGCAGGGCUCACCUUCCCGCCAGGCCUGGAGGUGCCAAGUGCCUCUCCUGGGGGAGUGCCUGGCCACUGAUGACAAGGACAGGAAGUGCUAAUCAGUACCAGGGUCCCCAGGCCAGAGCUGUGAGUUCCCUGCUGUGGGCGCUGUGGUGUCUCUGGAGCAGCGGGCGGGAGCAGCCCUUCCAUUGGUGACACAGCAGCCCGUGCCUAGGGAUUAAAGCCCAGAGCUUGUGACCCCUGAAAGGGAUCCUCUGCCCUUCUGACUGGGGUCCCUGGGGCCUCCUGCAGUGCAGGGGGCAGCGUAUAAGGCCCACUAGACGGGAGCUCUCCCCAUCUGUCACCACAGUAGCUUGGGAUCACCUUGGGCAUGUAGGCCCUGGUUCCCACUGUGUGAGAGGUCAGGUCUGCCCCCUGUCCCUGCCGUCCCUGCUCCCACUCCAACACUUAACUGGCUCCCUCUCAAGCCAGGCUGUGGGUGCUCAGCGUUCACAUACUCCACGUCACUUGGGUGCUGUGGGGUGAGAUGGGGCACUGGCCACCAUUCCCGUGGAAGGAGGGUCAGGUUCCAGGGCCCCUCACCAGCUCCUCUGGUCCCCUCCCCCUCACAAUCAUGCGCAUACCUGCUGGGCCAGCCUUCCUGGGAAACAGGUGACUCUAAUGAACUCUGCAUUUUCAAUGUGCCUUCUGCUUCAGGACCUGGGGGCCCCUCCUGGCCCUCCCUGGUGUGACCCCAAGCCCUGGGCCUAACCCUGCCUGUCCUGGAUCCCAGAGCAGCCUGACCAGGAGCUGCCCCUCUGGGGUGGGGUCUCAGGCCCCUCCCCAACCCUCUUUUGAUUUCAGUGCCUUGCUCAACCCUCCGGGGAACCUCUGCGGCCUCCCCACUGCAUCCCACCGUCUUUGAACUUUGGACAGAGCGAGGACGCCAGGUCUCCUGGGGCCUCAGGGAACAGGGAGGGGGACAAGGGAUUCGCAAGAACAAGGGGCGUCUGGUGGCGCCGCCAGCCCCUCCCCUCUGGCCCCUGGCAGCCCCAGCCUGUGCGAAUCUCGUGUCAUAAGUGGCCGCGAUCAGCUUUCUCACUGUGGUCACACGUCUUCACUUCUCACAGCUUAUCCCCGGCAAUUGUUUUCCAUCCUCGUCAAAGAAAGACGCCCCUUCCCCAUCUGCCGUCGUGGCUGCUUCCUAGGGAGCCUCGCCCCAGGGUGGGCGGAGCCGGGAGGCCUCCACAGUGGCCCCGCCCCCUGUAGCUCAGCCCCUCCCUGGAGCAGCCUGGCUGUUUGCUGAGAACUCAAAACAUCUGUACCUACCCUUCUCCAAUUACAUCCCUUCUUGCUUAAGGACAAAGCAAAUUAAAUCAUCCUGCCACCUCAGGCUCCAAACCAAA